AUGGCCAGUUUGCUCCGUCGGCCAGGCAAUCUCGCUCCCUAUUCGAGGAGAGCCGCAGAGCGCAUCUUCCGCGCACGACCGCUGACUGCACAGGUGCCUCAGUCGAGAUUGUCGUCGUUGAUCACAGCCCGACGAGCCAGGACAUUUGCUACACAGAGCCCCGGCGGCGGACCGAAACCCCCGAGUAACGAGAACCAAGAUGGGCAGAACGCGUCAGCUCCGCCAAAUGGGGCUGGCAAUGGUGGUGCGAACCAGGAGCAGCCUCAGUCGAAACUCACCGCGGAGGAGCAGCAGCAGGUGGAUCUGUUCAUCAAGCAUUUGAAGGAGCGGGUGCCCGCUUCGCAGCAUCAGAUGCUAGACGAUGUGCGAACGGUGAUGAUGCGAGAUGGACUGCCUUCGGAUGUGAAGGAUUUCAUCCAGGAGCAUAUUCAGUCCGGGAGGCCGGCGUCGCUGAUGGAUUACGUGAAUCUUACCCGGUACAUGUCGAAACAUGUGGGCGAGUUUGCCCAGAAAUUGAAUGCGGUAGAAAACGAGAGAAAUGAGAAGGAUCAGUCGGAAGGUGGUGGUGGUGGUGCAAAGAAGCAGCAGGAGGAACAGGGACAGAAGCAGGGAGAGCAGCAGCAACAGAAGGAUGGCGCGGAUCAGGGCAACAAGCAGCCGAAUUUCAAGGUCUUUGAGUUCCGAUUCGAUCCCGCUACGUUCUUCGUUACUGCCCUUGUGACCUAUUAUCUUUACCGCAGCGUCUUCCCUGGGGAGAACACCAAGGAGAUCACAUGGCAGGAGUUCAGGGCGAACUUCUUCGACAAGGGUCUCGUGGAGAAGUUGACGGUCGUGAACAGCAACCGCGUCCGCGUUGACCUGCACCGUGAUGCUGUGGCACGGUUGUACCCGGAUUCGCCCGCAAGCCAACCAUACUUUUAUUACUACUUCAGCAUUGGAUCUGUCGACAGCUUCGAGCGUAAGCUGGAUGAGGCGCAGAAUGAACUUGGUAUCCCUAGUUCGGAGCGCAUUCCCGUCUCUUACAUUGAAGAAGUCCCAUGGGCGGCGACGAUCUUGUCGUUUGGCCCAACUCUCCUCCUGAUGGGAAGUUUCCUUUGGCUUUCGAGACGUGCCACUGGCGGCGCAGGUGGUCAAAACGGGAUUUUCGGUAUUGGAAAGAGCCGAGCCCGCCGCUUUAACCAGGAGACGGAUAUUAAGAUCAAAUUCUCUGACGUUGCUGGAAUGGAUGAGGCCAAGGUGGAAAUUAUGGAAUUCGUUAGUUUCCUCAAGCAUCCCGAAAAGUUCCAGAAGCUUGGUGCCAAGAUUCCUCGUGGUGCUAUCCUUUCCGGACCUCCUGGUACUGGUAAGACACUGCUUGCUAAGGCCACGGCCGGUGAAUCGGGUGUGCCUUUCUUCAGUGUCAGCGGUUCCGAGUUCGUUGAGAUGUUUGUUGGUGUCGGUCCUUCCCGUGUCCGUGACUUGUUCGCCAAUGCCCGCAAGAACACCCCUUGUAUCAUUUUCAUUGACGAGAUCGAUGCCAUUGGUAAAUCUCGAGCGAAGCAGAGUUUCGGGGGUGGAAACGAUGAGCGGGAGAGCACCCUGAAUCAAAUCCUUACCGAGAUGGAUGGCUUCAAUACGUCCGAUCAAGUGGUUGUCCUGGCUGGUACUAACAGACCCGAUGUUCUCGACAAGGCCCUGAUGCGACCUGGCCGUUUCGAUCGACAUAUUGCCAUCGACCGACCCACCAUGGAUGGCCGUAAGCAGAUCUUCCGUGUUCACCUGAAGAAGAUCGUUACCAGCGAGGAUAUGGAAUACCUGACUGGUCGACUGGCUGCUUUGACCCCUGGUUUCGCUGGUGCUGAUAUCGCAAACUGUGUCAACGAGGCCGCCUUGGUUGCUGCCCGUGAGAACGCGGACCGUGUCACCAUGAAGCACUUUGAACAGGCGAUUGAACGUGUUGUGGGUGGUCUAGAGAAGAAAUCCGUCGUACUUUCUCCCGAGGAAAAGCGUACCGUGGCUUACCACGAGGCCGGCCACGCCAUUUGCGGCUGGUACUUCCGCUGGGCUGACCCCCUGCUUAAGGUUUCUAUCAUCCCGCGUGGCCAAGGUGCUUUGGGUUACGCUCAAUAUCUGCCUGCCGGAGGGGAUACCUACCUGAUGAAUGUCAACCAACUGAUGGACCGCAUGGCUAUGACCUUGGGAGGACGUGUCAGCGAGGAACUCCACUUCGAUACUGUUACCAGCGGCGCCAGCGAUGACUUCAACAAGGUGACCCGCCUCGCAACCGCCAUGGUGACCAAAUUCGGCAUGUCCCCUAAGCUCCGAUACAUCUACUACGAAGAGGACCCCUCGCAACAGCUCCACAAGCCCUUCUCCGAGGAGACCGCCCGCGACAUCGACCUCGAAGUCCGCCGCAUCGUUGACGAAGCCUACAAGCAAUGCCACGAGCUCCUAACCGCGAAGAAGAAGGAAGUCGGCAUUGUCGCCGAGGAGCUCCUCACAAAGGAGGUCCUCAGCCGCGAUGACAUGAUCCGCCUCCUUGGUCCUCGCCCAUGGCCCGAGUCCUCCGAGUUCGCCAAGUACUUUGACGGUGCCCAUGGCCAAACCAUCGCCCCUCCCGAGCCUACCUUACCCGCAGAAGGAACCGAAGGAAAAGACGCAACAGAAUAA